AUAGUGGCUUAAAGUGAGCUUAAUCGAAUUCUUUUUGCACAAGAUUCUAUACAAUUUCAUCAUUAAAUUGAAAUAAAUAUUAAACACAUGUUUUGUUAAAAGACAUAAUAAAUAAUCAUGGUUAAUUUAACAGAUAAAAGUAUUGACAACAGUGCCUUACAAUUAGUAAAUAGAAUAAAUAAUGGUAAAAUAAUAAGAACAUUUGAGAUUGUUGUUGCAACAAUAAGUGUCCUCAAAGAAAUCAUAAAUAAUUCACAAUGGAGUACAGCAAAAGAACUUAUGGAGUUAAUAUCAUUAAAUGGAAAAUAUUUAAUAUCAGCAGUACCACUUGAAGCAUCAAUUGGCAAUAUGGUUCGUAGAAUAUUGCAAAUAAUUAGAGAAGAAUAUGUUUCAGAGUUAAAAAAUAAACCAGACGAAACAGACACACAAGAAUCAUUACAUAAAAUAUUAACAUGUGAAAGUGAUGGUGAUGUUGAUUUUACAAUAUCAGUACCAAGUCUUAAAGAAGUAAUAAUUGAACACAUCAAUGAAUUUGAAGUUGAACUAGAAACAUGCUCAGAAAAUAUAAUUGAACAAGCAUCAGAACAUAUUCAUGCUAAUGAAAUAAUAAUGACAUUUGGAAGAUCAAGAAUUGUUGAAGAAUUUUUUAAAAAAGCUGCUGAAACAAGAACAUUUGAAGUUAUUGUUGCUGAAGGUGGACCAUUUUUAAAUGGUCAUGAAAUGGCAUCAAAUUUAUCAAAAUCAAAAAUAAAAACAACAUUAAUAUCAGAUGUUGCAAUAUUUGCAAUGAUGUCAAGAGUUAAUAAAGUUAUUAUUGGUACACAUACAACAAUGGCAAAUGGUGGAUUAAAAGCAAUAACUGGAUCACAUACUGUUGCACAAGCAGCUAAACAUUAUUCAGUACCAGUUAUGGUAUUACUUCCAUUAUAUAAAUUAUCACCACUUUAUUUAUGUUCACGUGAACAAGAUGCAUUUAAUAAACAUGCUGCACCAAUUCAAGGUGUUAUUAAUGGUACAAAUGCACCACUAUUAGAAAAAAUACAAUCAUAUAAUCCAGUAUUUGAUUAUGUACCACCUGAACUUGUCACAUUAUUUAUAACAAAUACUGGAGGAAAUGCACCGUCUUAUGUUUAUCGACUUUUAUCUGAACUUUAUCAUCCUGAUGAUUAUGAAUUAUAAAUAUAUAUUAACUAUAUUUUGUAUAACAAUAAAAAUAUAUAAAUCAAAAGCUUAAUUAUUUAAUU